AUGGCCUCUACAUCAGACGACUUUACCAAGCGGAAGCUUUGGGGCGGUCGCUUUACCGGCAAAAACGAUCCGCUGCUCUUUGCCUACAAUGAAUCACUCUCCUACGACAAGCGUAUGCAUGCUCAGGACAUUCGAGGCUCGCAAGCGUACGCACGCGCUCUCGUAAAGACGGGCGUGCUCAACGAGCAAGAAAAGGACGAGAUAGUCGCUGGCCUCGAAAAGGUUGGUCAGGAGUGGAAAGACGGCUCAUUCAAGAUCCAUUCGGAUGACGAAGACAUUCACACCGCCAAUGAGCGUCGCCUCACCGAGCUCAUCGGCAGUGUCGGUGGCAAGCUGCACACAGGCAGGUCCAGGAACGAUCAGGUGGCCACCGAUAUGCGUCUCUGGCUCAUGGAUGAGGUCAAAGCCAUCGAGGGCUACCUCAAGGAUCUGAUCCAGGUCAUGAUUGCACGUGGUAGGCAAGAGGUCGAUGCGCUCAUGCCAGGUUACACCCACCUUCAACGAGCUCAGCCUAUCCGAUGGUCGCAUCUCCUCUUAUCGCACGCCACCUACUUUGCCUCGGACCUCGCGCGCUUGCGCGACCUGAUGCCGCGCAUUUCGGUCUUGCCGCUCGGCUCAGGUCCCUUGGCCGGCAAUCCAUUUUCUGGCCUCGACCGAGACGCCAUCGCCGCCGACCUUGGAUUCCAGACCGUGGGUCCCAACUCGAUGAACAGCGUCUCGGAUCGUGACUUUGUUGUCGAGUACCUCAUGUGGGCCAGUUUGACUGCGGUCCAUCUGAGCAAGAUGGCCGAGGACUUUAUCAUCUACUCGACUUCCGAAUUCGGUUUCAUGCAGCUCAGCGACGCCUACAGCACGGGCUCGUCGAUCAUGCCCCAAAAGAAGAACCCGGACAGCUUGGAGCUGCUUCGUGGCAAGUCCGGCCGCAUCUUUGGUCAGAUGUCGGGCUUCAUGAUGUCGCUCAAGGGUAUUCCAUCGACGUACAACAAGGACCUGCAAGAGGAUAAGGAGCCGCUCUUUGACGCCGUCGACACCACCAAGAACGGUAUUCAGAUUGCCACUGGUGUGCUUUCCACGCUUAACAUUUUCCCAGAAAAGAUGAAGGCGGCGCUGACACCCGACAUGCUCGCUACCGAUCUGGCAGAAUACCUGGUUCGAAAGGGCAUCCCCUUCCGUGAGACGCAUCACAUCUCUGGUAGCGCCGUGCGUCUGUCCGAACAAAAGGGUUGUCUGCUGUCGCAACUCACGCUCCAAGACUUGCAAACUCUCUCGGACAAAUUUGACGACGAUGUCAUGCAGGUCUGGUCGUUUGAGCAGAGCGUCGAACGUCGUGAUGCCAAGGGCGGUACCUCGAAGCGCGCCGUGCUGGAACAGUGCGAUACGCUUGAAAAGAUGCUCGGCUCUUGCUAG